GAGCUCGGCAGCGUCGAGAACGACGCGAGGUCGCGGCCCUUCUGCGUCUCCGACGCGGCCGACGGCGUCGACGACGAGGGCGACCCGUUGCGACGCGGUGAACCUGUUUUCUCCGCGCCGAAGAAGUGCAAUAAGCGCGUGCGUGCUCGUCCACAGAAACUCUGCAGCGAUGACGAGUCAGUUCCGUGGAAAAAAGUCCUUGCGCCCGCCGCGGCGACGCUGGGCGCCGAUGUCAGUGUCGAGCGCGCUGGUCGCGAGCAUGGGCGAAAGGGCAAUGGCUCCUCGGCUGGCAGUGGGUGGCUUACUGAAGGACUGGACUCAGUUCAAGUGCCCUCGCUGUUCGGUGGGGUGCGCGUCGCCGCUUCAGAGGCGGGGCGGGGGUUCGCGGGCUUGCCGAUGCAGGGCGGCGCGCAUCCGGUCUUUUCCAUUAGUUGGGGUCCAGACUUCAAGCCGCUUCGCAGUCAAGUGAAGAUAUUGUUCGGCCUCGUGCCGGGGUCGAAGAACUGGCAGAAACGCCAGCCGUGGGGAGAUAUUGGCCGCUCUAUCAGCUCCAUGCCCAAGAAGACGGGCGCUUGCAGAGGGUGGCUCGUCAUCUCCCGCGAACAGCGCGUUCGCUUCAAGAACUCGUCAAAGUCGCAGUGGCACGACGUGGGGGCCGAUGAGGUCGACAUUGGUAAGGAUGCGAUCCCGGUGUACACAAUGAAGUUGGAAUGA